GAUGAGAACAACUAACACCACCCCAUAUCGCAUGGUAGGGAAUAUUUCCCCGUUCCGGAAUACUCCAUAUUGAUUGAUGACAACAACCAACACACCAUAUAACAGCACUUGCAUCUAGCUAGCAAACUGUCAUUCAGCGAGCGUGAAGAGGAGAAGAGAGUCGUCGACACGCGAAUAAGAAUGGCUGGCGCCCUGCACCAGCAUCAACAAGAGCUUGCGCAGGAUCAGCCGGCAAUGGCAUGGUGGUUCCUCUCGCUGGCCUUCCUCGGAGCCCUCUACGCGGCGGCAUUCGCGUCCCGCCUCCUCGUGUCCCUCACGCUGCUCUGCCUGCACCCGCCCAAGCCCAAGGACCUCCGCUGCUACGGCCCGUGGGCCGUGGUCACCGGGCCGACGUCCGGCAUCGACCGGUCCGUCGCCCUGGAGCUCGCCCGCCGGGGCCUCAACCUCCUCCUCGUUGAGGUCGCCAAUCUCCAGGAGAUCUCCGACGCGGUCAGAUCUCGGUAUGCCGUGAAGACCGCGGCCGUCGUGUCGGACCUGUCGCUCGACGUCGCCACUCCCCAGGGGGCCGAGGCGGCGCGGCGGCUCCAGGACGCGGUGGAGGCGCUGGAUGUGGGGGUUCUCGUGAACAACGCCGGGGUGGUGACUCCCGGCGCGGUGUUCUUCCACGAGGCCGACGUGGAGGAAUGGAUGAGGAUGAUCCGGGUGAACCUGUGGGGGUUAACGGAGGUGACCGCGGCGGUGCUGCCCGGGAUGGUGCGCCGGGGCAGGGGCGCCGUGCUCAACAUGGGCUCCGCCUCCUCCGAGGCCAUCCCUUCCUUCCCGCUCUACACCAUCUACACCGCAACCAAACGCUACGUUGCUCAGUUCUCCAGCAGCCUUUACGCUGAGUACAGCAAAGGGAUAGAUGUGCAAUGCCAGGCGCCGUUCUUCGUGGCGACCACGAUGGUGACGGGCUUCUCCGGGAUCUGGCGCCCGUCGGCGUUCGUGCCCACCCCCGACGCCUACGCGCGCGCCGCGGUGCCCUGGAUCGGGCUGGGCCGCGGCGGCCCACUCUGCGUGCCCAACCUUAGCCACCGCAUUCUGUGGUGCCUUCUCGCCGCCGUUCCAGGCUCCAUUCACGACUGGGUCUGCCUGCGCGAGCAUCUGCGGCAGAGAAGAAGCAUGUUUCGAAAGGCGGCGUCGUUGCGUUGAGGGCGUCAAACGUGCGUGGAGUACGUGCCAGCAGCAAGUAAGCAUAACUGCUUUGGUUACCGUACAAGCAAAUUGGGUACACGCAACAUGGAAACAUGUACUUAUUGCAGAGUGCCUUUUUUUCGAGAAAAAAAAUACGGCUCAUAUUUUUUAUGUAAGGCAACCUUUAUUAGUAUUAUGGAAUAGCCAGUUGUAAACC